UCAAGGCAGUAGCUGGGAGCGAAUCGAAGGAAGUCUGAAACAAGUUUACAUCAGCUCUAGCAGCAACCAAGUAUGGGGUGUGGGCGCACCCAACAUAAUCUUCCGACGACUCGGACAAACCACAGAUGUCGAUGAAUGUGCAGAUGAAACAGAAAACUGCCACGCCCAGGCAACCUGUACCAACACGGACGGUUCCUUCAUCUGUGACUGUCACGGCGGUUACCAUGGAGACGGGGUCAACUGUACCGAUGUUGACGAAUGUGCAGAAGGCACACACAACUGCCACGCCCAGGCAACCUGUACCAACACGGACGGCUCUUUUACAUGUGAUUGCACUGAAGGGUACAGUGGAAAUGGUAUCACCUGUACUGAUGUCAACGAAUGUGCAGAUGGCACAGACAACUGCCACGCCCAGGCAACCUGUACCAACACGGACGGCUCUUUUACAUGUGAUUGCACUGAAGGGUACAGUGGAAAUGGUAUCACCUGUACUGACGUCGACGAAUGUGCAGAUGACACAGACAACUGCCACGCCCAGGCAACCUGUACCAACACGGACGGCUCUUUUACAUGUGAUUGCACUGAAGGGUACAGUGGAAAUGGUAUCACCUGUACUGACGUCAACGAAUGUGCAGAUGGCACAGACAACUGCCACGCCCAGGCAACCUGUACCAACACGGACGGUUCUUUUACAUGUGAUUGCACUGAAGGGUACAGUGGAAAUGGAGUCAACUGUACUGACGUCAACGAAUGUGCAGAUGGCACAGACAACUGCCACGCCCAGGCAACCUGUACCAACACGGACGGCUCUUUUACAUGUGAUUGCACUGAAGGGUACAGUGGAAAUGGUAUCACCUGUACUGACGUCGACGAAUGUGCAGAUGGCACAGACAACUGCCACGCCCAGGCAACCUGUACCAACACGGACGGCUCUUUUACAUGUGAUUGCACUGAAGGGUACAGUGGAAAUGGUAUCACCUGUACUGAUGUCAACGAAUGUGCAGAUGGCACAGACAACUGCCACACCCAGGCAACCUGUACCAACACGGACGGCUCUUUUACAUGUGUAUGUAGUGACGGUUAUAUCGGCAAUGGAAUCACCUGUACUAAUGUCGAUGAAUGUGCAAAUGGAACACACAACUGCCACGCCCAGGCAACCUGUACCAACACGGACGGUUCUUUUACAUGUGAUUGCACUGAAGGGUACAGUGGAAAUGGAGUCAACUGUACUGACGUCGACGAAUGUGCAGAUGGCACAGACAACUGCCACGCCCAGGCAACCUGUACCAACACGGACGGCUCUUUUACAUGUGUAUGUAGUGACGGUUAUAUCGGCAAUGGAAUCACCUGUACUAAUGUCGAUGAAUGUGCAAAUGGAACACACAACUGCCACGCCCAGGCAACCUGUACCAACACGGACGGCUCUUUUACAUGUGAUUGCACUGAAGGGUACAGUGGAAAUGGUAUCACCUGUACUGACGUCGACGAAUGUGUAGAUGGCACAGACAACUGCCACGCCCAGGCAACCUGUACCAACACGGACGGUUCCUUCAGCUGUGAAUGUACCAACGGUUACGGUGGAGAUGGAGUCACGUGUGCUGAUAUCGACGAAUGUGCGAAUGGCACACACAACUGCCAUGAUGACGCAACCUGUUCUAACACAGACGGGGGAUUUAACUGUACCUGUUACGAAGGGUACACCGGAGAUGGGGUCACCUG